CCUCAGUCAGUUGCUGGCGCUGCAACUAGAGAGCACCUCAGUGAAGGUGUACACAGUCAAUGGUAGCUUGACUUUUCUGCAGAAGUGUAUUGAACAAGAAAUUGAAAUUGAUGUCAUAUGGUGGAACGCCAAACGGCGGUCGCCGCAGCAAGUGGGACCAGCCGGGGCUAGCCUCAAUGGGGGAACCCGAGGCUGCGCCAACGGGGGCUCUGGAUGCGGCCGCUGCCGUAGCCGCCAAGAUCAACGCCAUGCUGGUGGCAAAGGGCAAACUCAAGCCCUCUCAGAUCGGCGGCCCCGGGCCCGUGGAUAAGGGUGUUCCUGGUAAGCCCCAGCAGCCAAUGAAAGCCAAGGACGACCUGGUGGUAGCUGAGGUGGAGAUUAAUGACGUGCCUCUCACCUGCCGCAAUCUUCUGACCCGGGGCCAGACACAAGACGAGAUCAGCAAAGUGAGUGGCGCCGCAGUGUCCACCAGGGGGCGCUAUAUGUCAGUAGAAGAGAAGAGCAAGGCAUUGCCAAGUGAACGUCCACUUUACCUUCACGUCCAAGGACAAACUAGAGAUAUAGUGGAUCGAGCGGUGAAUAAGAUCAAGGAGAUCAUCACCAACGGUGUGGUAAAAGCAGCCACCAGCUCGAGUGCGGCGGCAGUCACCGUCUACCAGCAGCCCCCUCCCCCAGCGCUGCCCCCUAUGGGCCACAAACCACACUUCCAGUCCGGGAUGCACUAUGUCCAGGACAAGCUGUUUGUGGGCCUAGAGCACGCUAUCCAGGGUUUCAGUGUGAAGGAGAAGGUGGAGGGCCCUGGCUGCUCCUUCCUCCAGCACAUCCAGAUGGAGACGGGGGCCAAGGUCUUCCUCAGGGGCAAGGGAUCCGGAUGCCUGGAGCCAGCCUCGGGGAGAGAGGCGUUCGAACCCAUGUACAUCUACAUAAGUCACCCCAAACCUGAAGGCCUGGCUGCAGCCAAGACUCUGUGUGAGAACCUCCUACAGACAGUGCAUGCUGAGUACUCUCGGUUCCUCUCUCAGAUGACGGCUAUGGUGCCCACUCAAGGCUUCAUCCAGCCGCCCCCAGUGAACGGCCUGCCGCCCCAUCCCCCGUACUGCCCCCCUGCGGGCUACCAGCCUCCGGGCUACCCCAUGCCAAUGCCCCCACCUCAGCCCAUGCCCCCACCCUAUGUUGUACCCCCACAGAUGCCUCCUGGCACGCCCCCUGCCCCAAUCCCACCACCCAGUGCCCAGUAUCCCAUAAACCCUGCGCCGCCCGUUAUGCCUCAGCUCCCUCCGGCUCCAUUCCCCCCAGUGGCUCCAGUUCCGCCCAAAGCCCUUCCCCCCUCGUCUCUGGCCAACCCCCCACAGAAGCGGCGCUUCACAGAGGAGGUCCCUGACGAGCGGGACAGCGGCCUUCUGGGAUACCAGCAUGGACCCAUUCAUAUGACUAAUUUAGGUGCAGGCUUCUCUGUGGGCAGCUCCGAGUCUUCAGGACCCCCGCCUUCUAGUUCCUCCGGGCCUCCUAAAGAGAGGGACUGUAGGCAGCUAAUGCCCCCGCCACCCAUGCCAGUCAACGGAGGAGUGCGGCCGCCCAAACUGGAGGAGAGAAGGCCACCGGCCCCCGCCCCCGAGCCGUGUGUGAAGCGUCUGAGGACAGGACUGGUGGCGUACACCGGAGACUCGUCUGAUGAAGAGGAGGACCACUCGAUUCUUAAACCGGCCGGGGCAGGUAACUCGGCCAUGACAUCCUCUUCCUCUUCCUCAUCCACCACCUCCUCUUCCUCCUCCCUCUCCUCAGGAUGGACUCUGGGGGUGUACCGAAACCCCCCUCCCCAACCGCAACGUCCCAAAACACAGGCACCGCAGUCCAUGCCAUUUUGGAUGGCCCCAUAAGAGACACACACACACACACACACACACACACACACGCGCACACACACACACACACACACACACACACACACACACACACACUUGCACUCCACAAGGACACCGGCCAUUCAGACACACACAGACUCUAAACCCCGUCCUGUAAAAAAAAGCCCUGACGUACGUACAUACAUACACACACACACACACAUGCAUACACACACACAAUUUUAGCAGAAAUGUAAGACCCCUCUAGUGUGUGGAGGGCUUGUCUCGUCUAUGAACUGCAGUAAUGAAUUUGCCCUGGGACGAUAAAGACUGUCGACGGCACACGUGGAUGCUGUUUCGCGAAUGAGCUGUGUUCUCCCCAGGGACGGGGGCGGCAUACAGACUUGGAGGCAGCAAACAGUCCCCGACUCAACUGGAAGGUGACCUUGGCUUACCCAAGGACUGUUUUUUUUUUUUUUUUUUUUUUUUUUGAGAUGAAGUGCUAGGCAACAAUAAACAGUGAAUCAUUGUUUAUAAUUGUAUUUACGUUUUUGCUGUUUUUCUUUUCUCUAUCAUGUUGAUUUGUUCAAAAGCCUUGGUUAACUGUGGCCUUGACUAUGUCUUGGUUAUUGUACAGAAGGAGACACAACAGACUCUUAGAAAAGCAAAAGCAUCAGCUAAAUACUGUUAAUAACAAGACGACGCUAGGAAGAACACAGAUAAAAACAUGUACCACUUGUGAGUAUCUCUGUAUUAGGAAAAUCAGUAGCACUGAUUCUUCGUCUGCCAUGCACUCAUCUUUUGUCUCAACCCAAACCCUUAAUCGGUGCACCACUGCCAAUCCCAACCCCCCCCCCCCCACACCUGUGCUCACUUAAUGUUUCUCUCUUGUCAACAGGGGGCCGCCAUCUUGGCGUUCCCCUGAAAACCUUCCCCACAAUAAACCUCACCCACCACUUUUGUGUUCCCUUCACCACUCGUCACCCUGUGACACACGCCCCCCUUUAAACUAGUUCUCGUCCCGAGAACUUUGCUUUUAGUGGCCCCAAUUCCCAUACCUCUCAGGGGGUCUCCCCUGCGUGACCCUCUGGGAGCGUCUUGGUGGGUCUGGGUGUUCCUCUCCCAUUGGCUGUUGUGGUGGUACAGGGAUCCAGGCCCGUCCUGUCCGUGGCCCGGGUGGCUUGGGUUUGGGUGGCACUGCUUUAGUGAAACGAUUUAAGCAUCCAUUGGAGUGAACCAGUUUAAUUCACUAUAGUACUUUGAGGCAGAGGUCAAUGCCUUAGUAUCCUUUUUCUUGGCUUGGAUAGCAAAGGUCAGAUUAGCACAAAGCACUGGAUAAUGAAUGAUAUGCAGUACCAUGGUGAGUUUGUGUCUAUAAUUUAUUAUGAUCAGUCAACUAGUGAGAUUACAUGUCGUCUAAUUUGUGAUGUGAUCUAGGAAAAUGUCACCAAUUUAAGAUUCUGAUACCAUCCCUGCAACAUUCUGGUUUAUUAUUAUUAUUGUUUAAUAUUGUAGUUUAUAAUUAUGUUACUGUCAAAAAUGGCCUAGUUAAACCUGGACAAACUUUUGCAU